CGACACCUCCGCAGUCCACGUCGGCCACGCUCCGUCGCAACAGCGCACCGCAGCGCCGCCAGACCGACACGCAGACGGAGCAGCUGCAGACGCAGACCAGACCAGAGGCAGAGCACCGCACAGCGAUGGCACAGCACGACUCCCAGAGCGGCACGCUCGUCGGCGACGACCUGGACUCCCUGCGGCGUCAGUUUGACCUGCUGGACACGGACGAGGAUGGCACCAUCUCCUCGGAACACUUGACCAACGUCCUCCGCAGCAUCGAACUGAACAUCACCGACACAGAGAUGACAGACGUCAUGACCAAGACCGACAUCAACGGUGACGGUCUGAUCACGUUCGACGACUUCGUCAAUGCGCUGGCGCGGGCGAGGCGUGCGGAGCAGGUCAAGACGGCUUACGAGCGGGACAUGACGCUCCGCAAAACCUUCCAGAUUUUCGACCGUCAAAACUUCGGAAUCAUCGGACCGAAAGAUAUCUGGACGGUACUGAAGAACCUCGGAAAGGAGUUUUCUCUGGACGAAAUUGAAGAAAUGGUUGAGGAGGUGGACGAAGACGGUGACAGCAGGAUCACUUACCCCGAGUUCGUCCAGGCUGUACUGGCGGAAUGAAAUCCCUGAGGGCAUCACGAGGACCGGGAGGGCGGACCGACCCCGGCUCGGGCCAGGACCGGGAGGACGAGCGCCAGCCUGGCCCGAGCCAGGACCGGGAGGACGAGUGCCAACCUGGUGCGCGGCAGGACCGCGAGGACGAGCGCCAACCUGGCCCGAGUUGGGACCGGGAGGACGCGUGCCAACCAGACUCUGGCCAGGAUCGGGAGGACGAGCGCUAGUCCGGUCAUGGGCCAAUCACCCGAAAAUAGGCGCGAGCUCUGAGGAUGCCCCUGCCUCCAAAGUGUCCGAGGUUAAGGCAAUUGUUACGCACGUGUCUCAGCAAGCUAAUGUUUGGGGGUUUCAGGGUGUCUAUUCAACAUUAUUUAUGCUCCCAAUCGAUCUCCUGAGCAUGUUGUGACAUUCGUGAGCAUUGAUGUGCUUAUUAUAUGCGCGUGCAAGUUAUACAUUGUAAAUUAAAAGCGGAAGCGUCCCAAGGAAAUAUAAAUAUGAUUUACAACGCUAACGUCACGGGUUUGUGAUGAUCGCCGGUUUGAAUCACAGAGCGUAGAUAGACAGCAAGGUCGAAUGUCAACUCGUAAAUAUCACUGAGAACCACAGACCCGUGGUCUCAGUUAAGUAGUCCUCAGUUUAAAUGGUGACUGACUUCAAGCUACGGUGAAUCCUAUACACGAUUGUUUCGACCACCGCGAGUCAGCAUCAUUCUGAGGUUGUGGAUUGUCGUCAUGGAUAUAUUGAAUAAACUUGGCAUUGCCAUAUG